AUGUCGUUACCGCGCUCCCAAUAUGACCCCCGCCGCGUCUGCCUGAAUCCAUUUCCGAACGUUGACUUUGGGAAGCACCGCAGGACGGUUGGAGUAUACCUGUCUGGUGCUCUUUUUGCGCUGGCUUACUGGGUAUUUCUCGACGCCUGUAUCAUCUCGAAGCACGCAAAGGCUCCCUGGGGACCACCGGAUGAUCCAGCACCAGCACCAGUUCAUGUUACUUUCGUUGACUGGAUCCCCGGUCUUUGCUCCCUCUUGGGUUUCCUUGUCAUCAAUCUCAUCGACAAAGACCGCGUCAGAGGCGACGAAAACUUCGGUGAUGCUCGUGCUGUCUGGAGAGCCCGCUUGUUUUUGUUUGUCGGUUUUGCUCUGAUGGCUGGAGGUUUGGCGGGCAGUGUCACUGUACUUGUUAUCAAGUACAUAAUGCCUGAGUAUCCCGACGCGUUCAAGUAUUAUGGCUACGCGAAUGUCACCCAGAAUGUCGCACUGAUGCUCUCCGUGGUGAUUCUUUGGAUGGCUCAGAACACGCCAAGCGAGUACGAGUACAAUCUCACUCUGUAG